AAUUGGCAUGAUUAUGAAAGAGUAGGAGUCUAUGUAAGGUUGGGCUUUUUUAAUGUUAAAUGAGGUGAUUGAUCACGACACACCUGUCAACAAUCACGAGCGUAAGGACGAAAUGGUUACUGCCUGUUGCAUCGCCACAUUUCCCUAUCUGCCAGCUGGUGCCGUGGCUGCACGUUAUCUAGCGUACACUACAAAGCAUCACAAACUUAUCAAAUAUAAUUCCCACAGCCGAUUUAAAAACUAAUUGUUGUGGUGUUGUCUGCCUUGCUUUUGCAAGUCUGAGCUCUUCCGAAUUGCCCACUUGUUAAGACAGUCUAGUUUUUUCCUCAUAUUUGUGUAUUUCGCUCAAGAAAAGGGACGGAAAUACGGUAUUUAAUUCACGACUUCAAACAGCUCUAUCCCAAGCUUCUUCAUUACUCGAAGCUUCAGUAAAAGUUUACUCUGUACUUGCGUACACACUUC